AUGCCCGAGGAGGUCAAGACCGACGUCGAGAGCAUCAGCCCUUAUGGGCCGGCUCGCUCCACCGUCAAGGGCCAGCCCCUCUCCAAAGACGAGAUCGAGAAGUACAACGACUUUUUCAAGGCCAGCUUGUACCUCUCCCUCGGCAUGAUCUACCUCCGCAACAACCCGCUGCUCAAGGACCCCCUCAAGCUCGAGCACUGCAAGGCCCGUCUGCUCGGCCACUUCGGCUCCGCUCCCGGCCAGAUCUUCACAUACAUGCACUUCAACCGCCUGAUCAAGAAGUACGACCUAGAUGCCUACUUCGUUUCCGGCCCCGGCCACGGCGCCCCGGCCGUGCUUUCCCAGGCCUACCUCGAAGGCACCUACUCCGAGGUCUACCCCGAGAAGUCGGAGGAUCCCGAGGGUAUGCAGAAGUUCUUCAAGUACUUCUCCUUCCCCGGCGGCGUCGGCUCCCACGCCACCCCCGAAACUCCCGGCUCCAUCCACGAGGGUGGUGAGCUGGGCUACUCCAUUUCCCACGCCUUCGGCUCCGUCUUCGACCACCCGGACCUGAUCGCGCUGACCAUGGUUGGUGACGGUGAGGCCGAGACCGGCCCCCUGGCCACCUCGUGGCACAGCACCAAGUUCCUGAACCCCAUCACGGACGGUGCCGUCCUUCCCGUCCUCCACCUCAACGGCUACAAGAUCAACAACCCCACCCUUCUGGCCCGUAUCUCACACAAGGAGCUCGAGUAUCUCUUCCUCGGCUACGGCUGGCAGCCCUACUUUGUCGAGGGUGACGAGGUCGAGUCCAUGCACCAGGCCAUGGCCGCCACUCUCGAGCACUGUGUCCUCGAGAUCAAGAAGAUCCAGAAGCAGUGCCGCGACAGCGGCAAGGCGAAACGGCCCAUGUGGCCCAUGAUCGUCCUCCGCUCGCCCAAGGGCUGGACCGGUCCCCGCAAGAUCGACGACAACUACCUCGAGGGUUUCUGGCGCGCCCACCAGGUCCCCAUCACCGAUAUCCACGAGAACCCCAAGCACCUCGAGCUUCUCGAGAAGUGGAUGCGAAGCUACGAGCCCGAGCGCCUGUUCCCCGACGGCAAGAUCCUUCCCGAGCUCAAGGCGCUGUGCCCGACUGGCACCCGCCGUAUGAGCGCCAACCCCGUCGCCAACGGCGGUGCCAUCAAGAAGCCCCUGCGCAUGCCCGACUUCCGCGACUACGCCAUCAAGGUCGACAAGUCUGGUGUCACCUGGGACGCCAGCAUGCGCAACAUGGCCUCCUUCCUGAGGGACGUCGUUGCCAACAACAUGACCAACUUCCGUCUGUUCGGCCCUGACGAGACCCAGUCCAACAAGCUCGACCACGUCUACGAGGCCGGCAAGAAGGUCUGGAUGGGCGAGUACUUUGAAGAGGACAAGGACGGCGGUAACCUGGCCCCCGAGGGCCGUGUCAUGGAGAUCCUGUCCGAGCACACCUGCGAGGGCUGGCUCGAGGGAUACGUCCUGUCCGGCCGCCACGGACUGCUCAACAGCUACGAGCCUUUCAUCCACGUUAUUGACUCGAUGGUCAACCAGCACUGCAAGUGGAUCGAGAAGUGCCUCGAGGUCGAGUGGCGCGUCAAGGUCGCCUCGCUCAACAUCCUUCUGACUGCCGUCGUCUGGCGCCAGGACCACAACGGCUUCACCCACCAAGACCCUGGCUUCCUCGACGUCGUCGCCAACAAGAGCCCCGAGGUCGUCCGCAUCUACCUCCCGCCUGAUGGGAACUGCCUGCUCUCCGUCAUGGACCACUGCCUGCGCUCCACCAACUACGUCAACGUCGUUGUUGCCGACAAGCAGGAGCAUCUCCAGUACCUGGACAUGGAGCACGCCAUCGAGCACUGCACCAAGGGUAUCGGCAUCUGGCCUCAGUUCUCCACCGACGCCGGCGAGGAGCCUGACCUGGUCAUGGCCGCGGCGGGUGACAUUCCCACCCACGAGUCCCUGGCCGCCAUCGACCUGCUGCUGCAGCACUUCCCCGAGCUCAAGAUCCGCUUCGUCAACGUGGUCGAUCUGUUCAAGCUGAUCAGCCCCGUCGACCACCCGCACGGCCUCACCGACGCCGAGUGGACCGCCCUCUUCACCGUCGACAAGCCCGUCAUCUUCAACUUCCACUCGUACCCCUGGCUGGUGCACCGCCUGACGUACAAGCGCCCCGGCAACCAGAACCUGCACGUGCGCGGCUACAAGGAGAAGGGCAACAUCGACACGCCCCUCGAGCUGGCCAUCCGCAACCAGACGGACCGCUUCAGCCUGGCCAUGGACGCCCUCGACCGCAUGCCGCACCUGCACAACCGCGGCGCCACGGCCCGCCAGUUCCUGCAGAACUCGCAGAUCAAAGCCCGCAACGAGGCCUUUGAGAACGGCAUCGACCCGCCCUUCCUCAAGAACUGGACCUGGCCCCACGGCAACGGCCUGUGGAAGCAGACCAAGAACACUGUCAGCCAGCUGACGGGCUAG